UUCUGCCAAGUUCGACUCAAUAAGCGCAAGGAAUACAUGGUGCGCUAAAGCAUAGUCCUGUUUCUCGUCUUCAGCCGCCCUGUGUAUUUAAAGAUUCCCCCUCACUCGGGUCUCAUCCUGCCCACUGUGGCACCCUCCGCGGGUCUGGGUUUCCCUUGGGAGAGACUGAAUCCCCCAUUCUCCAGCCUCAGGCAUCUGGCCCCAAUGCGGGGAGCUGGGGCUGCGGACCCCCCGUCUCUCCAGCCCCCUCGCUUACUCUCUGUUACAAUAAAGACGAGCUGCUCUCAUAA